AUGUCGUUUGUGGUUCUUCCUCCUCAAACCACAACUUCCUCUGCUGUUGGGUCUUCAGGAUUGAAUCAUGGAAAUGUACUCGUUGGUUCCUCUUCAUCAUCCUUGGAGGGAAAUAGUUCCGAUCAUCGUCCCAAUGUUUUGUUUUUAGGAUUUAAUCAAGAUUCAUCAUUGAUCGGAUACGGAACUGAUCGUGGAUUUAAAAUAAUAUCAUGUCUGUAUGGACAUUAUAAGAAUGAAUUUGAUGUUAAGUUUAUUGAUGGUGGGAUUGGAUAUGUUGGAUUUAUGGAUGGAGAUAAGGAUAUGGUUGCCUUGGUUGGAGGUGGUUAUAGACCUGCCUUUUCUAAAAACAAAUUAAUUUUUUAUAAUUUUAAGGAAAAGAAGGUUGUGAACGAGCUUUUGUGUCCAAGAUAUGUGAUUUCAGUACAUUCCAGACAAGACUUUUUUGUGGCAGUGUCAGAAGAAAUGAUUGUCUCGUUUGACAUGCAGACUCGAAAACAAAUUCAUUCUUGGAAAACAGGAUUUAACACUCGUGGAUUAUGUUCCAUGGUCUAUCAAAAGGAUCAACAACAAUUUCUUUUAGCAUUUCCAGAUGAAACUGUGGGGUCUGUAAAGUUAGUUCGAAUUUGCUCACUCUCGUAUAAGAUUGUUGAAGAAAAGGUGAUAAAUGCUCAUGAAUCUUCCAUACGAUGCUUCCAACUGAGUUAUGAUGGGUCUCUUCUUGCGACAGCCUCUGAAAAAGGCACCUUGAUUCGACUGUUUCAUACAUCAUCCGGUGAAAAGAAGGAAGAAUUCAGGAGAGGAAAUACAACUUCAACCAUUUACUCGAUAUGUUUCAGUCACGAUAACAACUAUGUCGCCUGUGUGUCAUCUAAUGGAACUUUACACAUCUUUGUAGUUGAUUUGGAGUCUUGGAAAAACACUCGUAAAAUCACGAGUAAUUCUUGGUCAGACUGGUUCAAUAACUUGUACAAGGCAGAGGCUACCUCAGUUUUUAAACAGCGAAAUAUUGAUGGAGUGGCUAUUUGCUCGUUUGAUCCCAAUGACGAAUCAGUGAUGCUAUGUACAGAUAAGGGCGUUUACAUGAACCUUAAAUUUGAUUGGAGUUGCAGCUCUGGAACGUUAAAUGAGGAAGCAGUUGAACAUCAAAUGGCAAAUAUUGAUUGA